AUGGCUGGUGACUUUCCACUGACAAAGCUUUUCUUCUGUUUUCAGUGCACAGACGCCAAAAAACAUUGCUGGUAUUUUGAAGGACUCUAUCCAACAUAUUAUUUAUGCCGCCCUUACGAGGACUGCUGUGGCUCCAGGUGCUGCGUGCGGGCCCUCUCCAUACAGAGGCUGUGGUAUUUUUGGUUCCUCCUCAUGAUGGGGGUGCUCUUCUGCUGUGGGGCCGGCUUCUUUAUCCGGAGGCGCAUGUACCCCCCACCGCUGAUCGAGGAGCCUGCGUUCAACGUGUCCUACACCAGGCAGCCGCCGAACCCCGCUCCAGGAGCCCAGCAGCCGGGGCUGCCGUAUUACACUGACCCUGGAGGACUGGGGAUGAAUCCUGCCGGGAAUCCUGUGGCGAUGGCUUUCCAGGUCCAGCCCAGCUCACCCCAGGGAAGCAUAGCCUACCCUCCCCCUCCUUCUUACUGCAAUACGCCCCCACCCCCGUAUGAACAGGUGGUGAAGGCCAAGUAGCCGGGGCGCUGCCCAGCACCUGCCUAUGCGACUCACAGGGGAACAGGGAGGGGUGCUUUCCCUCCACCUCUCUGUCCCCAUCAAUGUUCGCUUCCAGGAAUUGUCUUCUGAGCCACUAAGGGCAAAUUCCUCUUUGAUAUCUUCCAAGCAAGCACAGCUCCCUUUCAAGUUUUCUGUGGAGGACCAGUAUUUGAAUUUAUCCUGUGUCUCCUCUGUUGCUUCUGUUUCUGGUGUAAUCUGAGCUCUGGCAGAGUGUGGACAGUCCCCAAGGGUUGACACCUUAGAUCCUUGGGGGAGAAACUAAGGAGGAGGAGCCAAGGCAGGGCCCAUGUGUGCCGGUGAGCACAGGUGAGCACAAGGAGAGGACUGUCCUUCCAGGCACACAGCAGGCAGCUCACAGAAAUGAGGCCCCACAGGGUCCGCUCUGAGCCCCUUGUCCUGUCAGUCUUCCUCUUCGAGAAGCUGUUAGACUGUGGUGUAGAAGCCUGUUAGCACUUUCUAUCUGCAUCCCUCCCUGAAGAUGAGCGAGGCUUCCUUCUGCAUGGCCAGGGCUGGGAGAGGGCUGUGUACAUGGAGGAGAUGAAGAUGCGGAUGAGGUCAAGUUGGAUGUCUGCAGUUACCUGACCGUCACCAAGGAAAGAUGGGAAAUUGAUUCCUGCGUCAAACUGGGACAUUGCAUUUUAUGAACUCUUCGUCUGACUUGGCAAAAAUAAAAUGUUCCCCCGUUUCUAGUGAGUUUGUGGAAGCUCAACAGAGUCCCGUCCUUUAAGGUCAGACUGAGAACGUCAGCAGCUCUCUGGCCUUUGUUCACGACCAGAGGUGUCUGCGCCCUCCCCCACGGCAGCCCUGGCAGUGGUUGAGAUGGCACUUGCAAAGGAGAGAGGCACAUCUGGCCGGGAAGUCACAUCAGCCCCUUGGAGAGAGGUGUCCCUGCAGGGUCCGGCCAGCGGUGUUGAGGCAGGCCAGGCCAGUGGCUUGUUUGAUCUCAGCAGGGGUGUGUGUGUGUGUGUGUGUGUGUCAGGGUCUGAAGAGGAAAAGCUUGUUGAAAACGAGACAGGAAUGCAAAGUCCCAGGACUGCAGGAGGAAUCUCCUCAAAGAGUACUGACAACUGAAUCACACUUAGAAUAGAAGAUGUGGUUGGAAAUGCAGACCCUGGCUAAGAAACUUAUCUCAGCCUGGGGUCGAACGAGACGUCACCGGCUGUAAGGGUGCUGUUCCUCUGCGGUCAGCAAUGCUGGUAGUGCAGUUAAACCCAGACUGACACCUGGCCGCUCGUGUGUAGGAAGACAGCACCAUAGCCAAGGUGGGUGGGUCCCUGUGUGUGCAGUAGUGGGGGCUUGUUUUUGUUAUAAGUAAUUGGAGCCUCUUGAGAAACUGUCACUCAUUGAACUUGAGCAUCAGGACAUCUCAGUGCAGGGGUGCUGAGUGUUUCCAUUCCCCCACCAGGAGUCUGAGUGUCCCUCUUCUACUGGGAUAUCUAUGUAGGCACGGGUGAGGAACCAGGAUAGGACGGCAGCGACUGCUCAGACUUCCCUUCCUGUAAAGGUGGAGAGUCUGCAAGCCUCCCAGGGAAUUCCGCAGCAGAUGCUUGGAGCCAAACAAAAACCAUCGGGCGCGCGGUUUAUGAACACAGAUGCAGCUGCUGGUGUCUCCAGCCACCCUCCGCGACCCCGAGCUCCUGUCCUGACCGCAGUACCUCGCGACACCCUUGUCCUCGACUCAAAUGAGACAACAGAGCACAAUGUUUGCUGUUUACAACCAAGGACAACGAUGUGGGUCCAGAAGCCUCCUCUUCUUCCAGGCCAUUUGUUUUGCAUUUUUGACUUAAACUUCUCCCUUCACUUUUUUUUUUCCAAUAAGCAGCACAGGCUCGGCCGCCCCUGGAAUUGGAUCGGGUGCACUUGAAUAAGCACGCAAAUGUCCAUGACUAAACUUUAUUUAUCUUUUUGCUAGCAAAUUAUCUCAGAGACUGAACGAUUUAGGUAGUGCUCAACAAUUUUGUAUUCCAUGUUUGUAAAGAUAAAUUUUCUUUACCCUUGAACCUGGGCGAGAACCCUGCUACCGUGAACACUGACCCCGUGUGUAGAAAUUCCACCUGUGGUGACAUUUCCUGGCCAUUCUCAUUCCAUCUGUGCUGACGUGGACUGUGUCCCCCUCCUGGAACAAGUCCAGCUCCUGGUGUGUUAAACUCUUAGAGAGUCAGUGAUUAGGAGUAAACUGGGAGCAGAUCUGUGCAUGUUUUUUCUCUGCAACAUUUGGCUCAUUUCUCUUUUUUGUUCUCUUUUGAUAGGGUCCCAUUUCCUAUGUGUGCAAAAUAAAAAAUAAAUUUGGG